AUGAGGCUAAGGCGUGUGCUCUUGAUUGGAGCACGCGGAUGUCAACUCGGACAAUAUCCUCUUUUAGAUCACACUUUUACAGCUAAGGUGUCCGAUUUUGGAGCAUCAAAGCUGGUUCUCAUUGAUCUCGAGCAGUUGUCCACUGUGGUGCUAGGAACUUUGGGAUACCUUGACCCCGAGUAUAUGCAGACAAACCAAUUAACAGAGAAGAGUGAUGUUUAUAGUUUUGGAGUUGUUCUGUUGGAGCUCACAUGGCGGAGAGCAUUGAAUUUUGAUAAGCCGUUAGAGGAGAAGAGUCUAGCCAACUAUUUCCUGUCUGUACUCAAACAGGAUCUGUUGUUUGAAAUUCUUGAUGAAAAAAUUACGAGUUUAGAAAAUAUGGAUCAAAUAUCUUUGGUUUCUAAGCUAGCGAAAGAUUGCUUGAACGUGAGAGGCGAAGAUAGGCCGAGUAUGAAGGAGGUGGCAAUGGAGCUUGAAGGGCCAAUACUCGGAAGAGAGCACUCAUGGGCACGAAAUGAUGAGAUGGAGUCUUUGCUAUCAAAUGAUCAAGAUGUAAUGAGAGGUGUGAGCUCAAGUGUGGAAUAUGACAGCGUCAGCAGGGAUCAUAUUGUUUUACCAGUCAAUGGAGGAAGAUGA